AUUAGCCGGAAGUGGGGAUAGCGCUUCCAUUGAGGCGCGCGGGGCUGCUUCAGCUUUAUCACAGAUUCUCUCUCGUUUGCAGCCCGGGCUCAUCUAAAGAUGUCAGCGUCUCAGCCAUUUGACUCAGCUCAGCGGCUACAGAGGAAACAAUGAGUUCAACACCAAAGGACCAGCGUGGAGCGAGAAGUCAGCCGCCCCAGGACGCUGUCAGACCUCACAGAAGAAAGAGAGAAAAAAAAUACAGCUGUGAAGAGUGUGGGAAGGAUUUUACAAGAAGGGAGACACUUAAAACACAUCAAUUCAUCCACACUGGAGAGAGACCGUUCAACUGUGAGCAGUGUGGAAAGUCUUUUACAGAUUCUAAAAACUUAAGACAACACCAACGCAUCCACACUGGAGUUAAACCAUACAGCUGUGGUCAGUGUGGUCGAGCUUUUACUCAGAGAAGCCACUUAUGGAAUCAUCAAGUUACCCACUCUGGUAUUAAGGCUUACAGCUGUGACUUUUGUGGAAAAACUUUCAGCCUCCUAGGGAGCCGAAAUAGACACCUACGCAUUCACACUGGGGAGGAUGCGCACCACUGUGAUCAGUGUGGCAAAACGUUUGCAAGACAUGGACAGUUACAGCGUCACAGCUUUGUCCAUACUGAGGAGAGACUUCAUAAAUGUGACCUGUGUGAUAAGAACUUUAAAACUCUACAUCGUCUGAAAGCACACCAAAAGAUCCACAGCAGAAAGAAACUCUACAAGUGCAUUUACUGUGAGAAGCAGAGCGACACAGAUGGAUCCAGUUCUCAGCCCUGUCAUCGCUGUGGUGGUGGGAAAGUGUUUCUCUGUGAACUUUGUGGAAAAACUUUCAAUUGGCAGCAUAGCCUAACAUUGCAUCAACGUAGACACACUGGAGACAAACUACACUACUGCAAAGAAUGUGGGAGAGGCUUCCCCACACCAAGUACAUUAAAAAAACAUGAACGCUUACACAGUGGGGUUAAAAAGCACCUCUGUGACCAGUGUGAAAUGUCCUUCAUCACUGCAAGUGGGCUUAAAAUGCACAAGCGAGUCCACACAGGAGAGAAACCAUACAUGUGCAGACACUGUGAGAAAAGCUUCUCACAUCCAGGUAGUCGUAACAAACAUGAACGCACACAUGUUGAAGGGAACUACAGCUGUGAUCAGUGUGACAAGAGCUUCAAGAAUCUUGGUUCAUACUCCCAACACAAACAUUCCCACGCUGUAAAUAAACUGUUUCACUGUUACCAAUGUGCAAAAGCAUUCACUUCAUUAUCCGCUCUGUUCAAACAUCAGCAUGAUCAUGAAGGGCUGAAAUCAUCCUCAUCAUUGGAUCAAAAUGAAUCUGCAGAGACACAAAGAUCCUUUUCUGGUUGCAGGAUAAAACUUGAAAACCUUUAGAUCCAGCUCCACAGAAUUCUGAUGGAAUCUCGUGUAAAGAGUGUCAGCUACUGUCACACUUGGAUCUGAUGAGGCAGCUCUGAUUUCUGGACUUGCAGUGAAUGAUCCUGAAUCUUAUGUUUAGGAAGCUGCAGGUAUAAAUAUAUACAUCAAGGUUUUUUUCUUUCUUUAAUUGUUCUUGGGGAAUUUGAAACUUAUCCCAGUUAUAUUUUACUUGUUUUUCUUAAGCAACGGCGUAUUAUACAUUGUAUUAUAAAGUUGCAGAAAUGUCUGCUAUGGCUAACUGAUAUUGUGUUAAAUGUUUGUUUAAUAAAAGUUAAAAGGUUGGUUAAA